AAAUCAAAUUAACUAACUUUAUUCUAGUGUUUCAUGAACAAUGACGACAAUUUGCAAGUAUUGUAACGAGCCUGAAAACAAGCAAUACCGACCCGGUCUAAUCUGUGAUACCUGUAUAUGUUUCGUACAUUUGACUUGUUUGAGGCGGCAAGGGACUCCCGGGGACUUGGCUUGCGAUGUAUUCUUCGAUUUCACAUGUAAGGAAUGCUCUCCAAAUAAAAAAGAAGUGUUUUCAAGGAACAGAUUUCCGUGGGUGAGUGUAAUCCUGCUAACGCUGCACCAUCUCACUACCAAUGCAUACGGCAUCAGCAACCAUGGAUUCUUCCAUUACAAGACUCACAUCUGCUCCUUCAUUGACCGCAACUGGAGCCUAUUAUUUGAUCCACAAUUCAAACAAAAGAAGAACUGGGUAGGCACUAUAGCGGGCUGUCUCUCAGUGUACAGCAACAUAAUCUUCCGCUCCGGCUCAACUAUAUUGGGAGAGACGGGCUGGUGGCAGCUACAGCAUUCAUUCUCGCCAGCUGUCGCUUCACAUAUCAUCCAAGAGAUUGCGAGAGACAAGCCAAAAGGCCGGCCUCGGGGACAGGUGGCGCUCGACAUCAAUGUGUUCUCCGAGAAGGUCAUCGAAAUGGGCUAUAAAGAAUACCUAAGAACCGAGGAACCUCAGUUGAUCAUCGAGAGGCCGGCCAAGCAACGCAAGUUAGACCUCGACUACGGGACCAGUUUCUACGACCAACUUGAAGCAGACUCCAGCAGACAAUCGGUGGUGGAGGAGGGUGCCGAAGGAUCGUGCUCGGACGACGCGCGGUUCGACUUCGUGCCGCGCUACGUACUCCCGUAUUUCCAGAGCGAUUCAUCCAGCGUGCACUCUCCGCCCGUGCACCAGACGAUCUACUACGAUUCGGACUCUCGCAGCGCCUCCCCACACAGACCCGAGCCGCAACCCGAGCCACCCGAGCCUGAGGAAAAACCCGAGAAAAAGAAGGUUGAGGAGAAGCGAGAAUUGACGAGAGAGUCGAUGUUUUCCAAAGAGCCGAACAGCCUGGAGUUACCGUGGGUCGAACAGGAAAAAUAUGAGGUACAAAAAGAUCUAGUCGAGCUGACACAAUAUGAAGAGGUCCAACUGCUCAAACAAGUCGAGAACCUGAUCCCCAAAGUGAAGGACCCUAGGAAAAGGGCCCAUCUCCACAGGCUAAGGGCCAAAUUGGCGCUGCGCCGCCUCAAAAGGCAUAAGAGGCUGCCUGUCUUCGAUAUGGACAAGGCUGUCAAAGUGCUGUCAGGCCAAGUGCCAGAAGAGGUUCAAGCCGUCACCAGCGUGGAACGAGUGCUCGACAGGUUCCAGAGAUCGUAUCUCCACGACAACCUAUGCGGCACCAUCCUGGACACAACCUACGCCGUGACCGUACUGUCCCACAUCGAGCCUUCUCCGUUCCGCUCCGCUUACACCAACGCUUUGCUCAAACCUUACAUAAGGAGGGACUGUGAAAGCAAGCCCUUGUGGUUACGAGUUACUGAUGAACUGCUCACAAAAGCCAACAGAAACGUUCCAGAUUACAAACUUCCGCCGCACGCGUCCAUAGACUAUUCCUACGUGCGUCCACACCACAUAGCAGCCGUCAACAAUCUGUGCGCGCAGUUCUUCUGGCCCGGCAUAGACUUGACCGAGGCGCUGGAAUAUCCUGAAUUCAGCUGCGUAGUGACGUACAAGCGACUUAUCAUCGGCUGCGCUUUCUUAGUACCAGCGGACGUGGCCUACAUCUCCUUCAUAUUAGUACGGCCUGAGUGGAGGAGAGCCGGCAUUGCUACCUUCAUGUUAUAUCACUUGCUGCAGACAUGCACAGGCAAGGAUGUCACACUGCACGUCUCGCCGACGAACCCUUCCAUCUUCCUCUACCAGAAGUUUGGAUUCAAAGUCGAGGAGCUAGUUCAGGAUUUCUACGAGAAAUACUACGACAUCGACUACAAAGGUUGCCGCCACGCACUGUUCCUAAGACUCACCAGAUAAAUAAAUGUAUUUUACUGAU